UGUGAAUGACGUCUGACCUUUCGUCUAGAUUCUGCGCUCCUCAGUCAGGUCUCAGUCAGCCCUCGGUCGCCACCCGACCAAGUUGUGCAGCAACGCAACCCUCGAUUGCAGCAUCACCCGUCGUGUAACUAGACAAGCAGAGUUGACGCAAGGUCUUGACGAGAUGAAGGUGCUAGCGGUUGGUACAAGUGUAGUCGCUGUGCUACUCCUUCUUGGCGGGACUAUCAGCAUGUUGGUAACCCACCAGAGUUCCGAUGAGCAAACAGACACUAACAGUCAUGACAUCACGAAAAGGAGUAACCAGUUUCGACCAAGAAUUAUUAGAACGGACAAUAUCAAACAAGCGGGCGGACAACGACAUUGUAAGGAUGGUUCUUGUGUGAUGAACGAUCAGGGAAGUGGGAACCAGAAUGGGUUUGACAACGACGACGAAGACGAGGAGGGCAGCGCUGAUAGUUGGUUGCCUCUAGAGAUGCUGUCCUGGUCUGUGAAGGAGGUUCGAGUCCCCAGCAAUAAAACGAAAUCUUCGUUAACCGGUGAUCGGAAUACUACGGUCGUCCAUCUGGUUGAACUCGAUGCGACGAAACAGCAUUAUCGGACGAUGGUUAAAUGUCGGGACGUGACCCAGUUGGUUAACAGCGAUUUAUGUGAGAGGUAUCCGACUGUAUUGCCGGCGAUCAUUCAGGGAGUCCAGUUGGCUGUUGAGGAAACGAUUCACCUGUUGAAGGAUCGUCGAUGGGACGGCUACGCGCUCAAGAAGAAACAAGUUGGAGAGAAUCUCCUUCGACAAGCGACAAAAGAAUCGGCAUUUACGCAUGCUAUUAUUUCAGCCGGUAUUACUCAUGUUGUCACUAAGUCAUGCAGCAAGCAUUUGAUUGACGGAUGUGGAUGUGCCAGUAAUAGAAUUCCGGAGACCCACAGUGAUGACAACUUCCAAUGGGGCAGUUGUAGCGACGAUGUCUACUUCGGUGCCAACGUCUCUGCAAUGUUUCUUAACUCGCAAGAGCACAAGAGACGAGACCUUCGCACACAAGUGAACUUGCAUAACAAUAAAGCAGGGCGAUUGACUGUUAUUUCCGAGCGGCGAUUGCAGUGUAAGUGUCACGGUACGUCGGGGUCUUGUGCUCUCCGGACGUGCUGGAUGAGCCUCCAGCGAUUCCACGAGGUCGGACGUCACAUCGUGCAUCAAUACGAUCAAGCAGUUCAAGUCGUCAGCAACCAGAUGAAACAUGAUCAACUCACGUCUGUCUCGCGGUACACGUUCAGGAGCUCCCGAAGUCACCCGGACAGUCUGGAUCUCGUAUACUACGAGAAGUCGCCGAGAUACUGUGUGAGAAACAAAUUGGUUGGCUCGUUGGGAACAAAGGGUCGGAAGUGCGAGCAGAAUUCACAGAGUACGAACAGUUGUCUCCAUUUGUGCUGCGGUCGAGGAUUCAGAGUAAAGUAUCUGGUGGAGGAAUAUGAUUGUGAGUGUAGUUUUCGGUGGUGCUGUCGAGUCGAAUGCAAAACGUGCAGGAGGAGAACACCGUAUCAUGUGUGCCGGUGAACGUUCAACCGAUAGGAAAAACACAGUAAAACGUUGUCUAACAUAGUUGUAUAUUGUCGGACAAAGAGAAUAGUCUAAACUAUACGGUUGUCAUUUAUAUGAAGACAGAGACAUGUAGUGAGUAGAAAGAUGCGGUGGUGUAGUAUACCCACCAAGACAUUUGCAGAGACAGGAAGCUACUUAUGACCAUCUUCUCUCUCACGUAGUUUUUAAUUAAUUGAGAAGCAAGUUGAGUGGACGAGCAGUUAUGUAGAGGAGUCCCUUAUUCAGAGUUAUGCAUAUAGAAAAAUUUAUCAAACCGUUAGUAUGAAUGUGUUGACACUGACAGAGUUAGUUGGAUUGUGUGGCUGCUGGUUGUUUGUGGUUUCUUUGUGUUGUGUAGUAAUGAGGAUUAUUGGGGGGAUUAGUGUGGAUAGGCUUAUUAAUUUG